CCGAUAUGCCUAUCGGACGGCUGGCCAUCGUCCUCCCUGCAUUGCUAGGGCUCUUGAGCUCGGGUUUGAUCUAGGCGCUCCUUUUCGCGCUUUCGAUUCUUUCGCUCCUCGCUGUGCCCCCGAUCGCCCCAGCAGCAGCGCGCAAAUCUUGGAGGAUGAUAUCAGGUGCGUCUCGCGAGUUCUCGGUGUGAGGGUUUUUUAGCUGGAGGAUGAUCGUUGGCCAGUCAAAAAUGGGGAAUGCGGAUUUUGAUCUCCCGGAAUCGAUAUGCUCGGUGCUCCCGGACGAUCCGUACGAGCAGCUGGAUGUGGCGAGGCGGAUCACUGCCAUGGCAAUUGUAGCUAGAGUAGGGAAGCUAGAGGCAGAGGAGAAGAAGGCUUCUCAGAAGAUUUUGGAGAGGGAAAGAACGAUCUAUGAGCUCCAGGAGCGGCUUGUGGAAGCCGAGCGAUCCUUGCAAGAGGCAAACGCUCGCCUCGGCCAUGCGUUGGAAGAACAGGCCAAAAUGGCAAACGAGAAGAACGCACUUAUGGCGACUGUUAAGAAGCUGAAUCGUGACGUUGCUAAGCUGGAGACUUUCAAACGCACACUGAUGCAAUCUCUCCAAGAAGAGGAUGAAAAUUCUUCCACUUUAGAGAAUGGAGACAAGCAUCUCCUCCGAUCUAACAUGAGUUCUCAUGCACUUCCGUCCCAUGAUGGUCGACCAUUUACAAGGGCGCAACUAGUAGAAGCCUCAAACGCUAUUGUAGAGGAUCCCGAAGAUGCAGGUUCCAAGCAGAAGUUGCUUUCGAUGACACCAAGUCUUACUCCAAAACUUACUCCCACUGGCUCUCCCAGAAGACAGUCGACGGCUACUUCUCCCAGAAGGCAUCAUCCUUCGAAUGGGAUUCGGAGCUCAUUUUCACUCUCUCUUCCUGCUAGUCAAGCCACGACAGCUCCGAGUUCUCCUCCACAUGUUGGUGCUCUACCAGUUCGCACUCCGAAGGUUGAUGGGAAAGAGUUUUUCCGCCAGGCCAGGAACCGACUGUCAUAUGAACAGUUCAGCGCUUUCCUUGCUAACAUUAAAGAGCUAAAUGCUCACAGGCAGACACGAGAGGAAACAUUGCGAAAGGCAGAUAACAUAUUUGGACCGGGAAAUAAAGACCUGUACAUGUCAUUUGAGGGAUUGCUCAGCCGCCACCUUCCUUCGUAAGAGAGAGGUGGAAGAUCUCGUUCUCGGAGAUCAGUAAGGUCCAAGCUAUCCAGUGUUUCUUAUUUCCUUUUGUCUUAACAAACUGAAAGAAUUGAGGAGUGUU